UGUCAUUACCAGAUGAAACGUAAAGCCACGAACAAAAAUUUUACCUAUUUGUUAUUAAUGAAAAGUAAUAACAUAAAAAUAGUACUAUUCAUUAAGUGAUUUUGCUACCAAUAUGCCAGAUGAUGCAAAAAAGCUUCAAAAGGGCAAAAAUGACCCAAAAGAGCAGCGAAAACGAAGAGGUCGGCAGCACCAGAGUACUCCAGUUGAAAGAAGGCCAGAAAAAGAGCCUGAAAUAACAAGAAAUCCAAUUUUUAAUGCACCAGAGAAACCUGAAAAACCAGCAUACGAGCCGCCACCACCGGAGUUCUAUAAAAACCUCAAGCGCGAAACUGAUGAAAUAUUAAAAAUAACUGAGGAAGCAAAUUCAAAGUAUAAGAAGAAGGAGAUUCUCAGUAAUUGGUCCAAAUAUGAGAUGCCGAUAGAGAGUUAUGAAGAAAUUGAUGAACAAGAGAAUCUCGGAGCAGAUUACGAGACACUCGUCUCAGCACCACUCUCUGUUGGUGGGCAUUUUCAAUUCAAACAUGAAAAAUCUUGGGAUACAAAUGCUGGACCUUCUGUGUUUGAUAAAUAUUUUGAUAUAAAUAUGAAAAACCUAAACACUGCACUAUUGACUAUUCCAUUUUUUGAACGAAACGGUAUUAAUCAAUCAAUCUUUACUGAAAUAGAUGUACAAAAUAUGAACCAUAGAGCAACAAAAUUUAAACAAAAGUAUUACAAAGAUAAGAAGUUCACCACACCAGAAUUACAAGCUCAAGAGAAAAUUCUAAAUAGCUUAAAAAUUUCUGAUGAUAAUACAGAAACAGAUUCAAUUUCAACUGAAAAGGAAAUUGAUUUUAAUAUUGGUCAACCCAAUGAUGCAAUAGCGGCGGAAGAAACUAAUAAAACAUCAGACAAAUCACUGAAAUUAGAUGAAAAUUGUAUGAACUCAAAUAGUACAGAAAAAAAAAUUGAAAGCAAACCUCAACUUGUAUGUCCUGAAGUCCCAGCAGAUAUACCGUUAAAAGUUGAAAAUGCCUCAAGUGCUAUAUACAAUACUAGUGACAUCAAAAUAAUUAAACCUAUUGAUGCUAAAUGUAUUAAAAAUGUUGUGAAUGAAAAUGUGAAAGUUGUAGAGGAAGCGAAUAAAUUUGACGACGAUGUCGAUGAUAUUCUAUUUGACACUCCUAAUGAAGAUCCUCAUGAUAAGGAAAAACCUGCUGAGAAAGUAAAACAAGACACCAUUAAUCUUGCACCUAAAGUGGAUAACACCAAAGCGCCAGAGGAACCAGCAAAGAAUCCUGUUAUAGAAUCUCCUGAAGACCUUGAAAAGUGGCUCGAUGAUUUCUUGGAUGGUUAAAAUUAUAUGUUAUCUGUGAUAUACAAAUUGAUGCUAAUAUCAGCAACUACUUAAUCUUUGUAACAAUUUUACAGUUAAAUAUUUGACUUGUUUAUCGAUUAAUAUAUUAAAUGCCGUUUUGUUAUUCAAGUA